AUGAAGCGAUUACAAGAAGAAGUCCGGGCCACAUUCGAAAGCUACGAAGACAUCACAGUGGAGGCCUGCCAGUCGGCGUGUCCCUACCUUAAUGCCGUGAUUGAGGAGGACUUGCGUCUUGUGACACCAGCACCGUUUGGUCUGCCAAGAUACAGCCCAGGUGCAGAUGUCGAUGGUCAUUUCGUACCUUCAGGGGUCACUGUACAGACUUGUAACUUCGCGGCAGCUCGCAGCCCUGAUUAUUAUUUCUUACCACGAGAGUUCCACCCGGAGAGAUUCUUACAAGAAACCCAUCAAUGGUAUGAUCGACGCUUCAGUAACGACACUAAGCACGCCGUCAUGCCCUUUUCAAUCGGCCCACGUCGGUGCACUGGCGCAACCAUUGCGUACACCGAGCUACGCCUCAUACUCGCCAAAUUGGCAUGGGCACUUGACGUAGAGCUAUCUGCUGCGGGCAAGAAAGUGACUUGGGAAGAGGACGUGAAGGUCUACGCAACAUACCGUUUCCCAAAUGUGUGGAUCAAGUGCGAGAAGGCCAAAUUGGUGUCUUUAAUUGCCUGA